ACCCUAGUUUACGAUUCUAUUUAUGUGUAACACCUUCCAACAAUUUACAUUUAAGUAGAGUGAGUCCAUUGCACGACUAAUUGUGAUGUAACGAGAAACAUCGACUUAUAACAUAUUUCUGUCACCAACAUAAACGAAAAGUUACAUAAUAUAGAACUAUCAAUUAAGAAAAAUGGAAUCAAAUAACGAUCAAUAUACUUUCGAAUGGGCGAAUGACACUCACUUAUCGGAGAUUUUAUCUUUCUUACAUGAAAAUUUCGAUAAGCAAGAGACCAUGUUGAAAAGUUUGAGAGAUAAUAAUUCGUUAACAAUUGAGGAUGAAGAAUCGAUGAGGAUCGAUCACGAGCGACUGAUACGGGCAAUUUUCGCUUUUUCACCUUGCAUCAUAGCGAUAGGAAAAUCAUCGAAAAAAAUCAUCGGAGUAAACCUGAUGAUAGUUAGUAAGAAUUCGAAGUCCGAUGAUGGUGCUGAUGGCGUUUCCGCUGCCUUCAGCAACAAUCCUCCUAAAAAUGAAUUAAUGAAGCAAUAUUUCAACUAUUUAUCAGAGAUCAGUGAAACGGCUGAUUUAUAUGGAAAGUUUCCAAACUCCAAGGCAGCCGUGGAAUUUUAUGCGGUCGCUGUGGAUAGAAAUUAUCGUAGACAAGGACUUUCAAGGUCACUAAUGGCUGCAGGAAUUUCUUUCGCGAAAAAUACCGUAAAAGACGUCGGAUUCAUAUUUGGUGUGUAUACAUCUCUGUAUUCGAAAAAAGCGGCGGGAAGACUUGGAUUAAAAAGCAUUAUGGAUGUAGAUCUUUUGCACUACAAAGAUAAUGAUGGGCGACCUAUUUUUCAAGACACUCCGCCACAUAAUGUUGUUUCUGUUAUGGUUUUGCAACUUAUUUAAAAUUUUCCAGAUAGCAUGUAUCGUACAAAAAAGUAUACAAAUGUAUAUUUCUGCUAAAAAGUAUAUGAGCUAAAAUUGAGUAUCCUGUAUCUUUCAGUUCUCAUACGCCAUUUAAUUGUAUAAUAAUUACUGUUUCUAAAAAUGUAUUAUUAACAAAAAUAAUUAUUAAUAAAUAUUACUUUGAGACAAA